AUAAACUAUAAAUGGAUAAUUAAUAAACUAAUUAAUAAGAGAUAUAUAAUACUCAAGUUGAAUAAGUAGAAGUUUAAUAAUAAUAAGAAUAAAUGGAAUAAAUUUAAAAAGAAAAAGAAAAAUGUUUAGAAUUAAAAAAUUAAGCAGGGUUAUUGUUUAGCCAAUAAAAGUUUGAAGAAGCUGCUGAUAUUUAUAAUGAAGCAAUUGAUUAUUGUCCUCUAGAAGAUUCAAAUAUGCUAUGUAUUUUAAAUUCUAAUAUUGCAAUUUGUUUAAUGAAGCAAUCUGAUUAUGAAAGUGCCUUAGAACAUUGUACUAAAUCACUUGAAUUUAAUCCUGAUUUUAUUAAAGCUUUGCUCAAUCGAGCAGAAUGCUAUGAAAGAACAGAAAAAUUGGAAGAAGCUUUGGAAGGUAUUUCUAUAAAAGAAUAUUCUAGAUUAUAAGAAAUUAAAGGAUUUAUAACCCAAAGAUAAUGUAAUUAUGAAAAAGUACAUUGAUUUAGAUUUAAAAGUUUAAUAAUUAUAGGAAAAAAGAAAGAAUGAGGCUUUGAAAGGGUUAAAAGAUUUAGGUAAUACAUUGUUAGGGAAAAUUGGAUUGAGUUUGGAUAAUUUUAAAUUACAACAAAAUGAAAAUGGAUCAUAUAAUAUAUAAUAUUAAUAAUG